CGGAUGCACACUUGUACUCCUGCUACAAACUGUUCAGCCGAGCGAUCUUUUUCUUGUUUAAAUCGCGUUAAAAACUAUUUGCGUUCGACAAUAUCCGAAGAAAGGUUAAAUUAUCUUGCAAUUCUAUGUAUCGAAAAAACAAUUUUGCAAGAUUUAAACAUUAAUUUCGUUAUUGAUGAAUUUGCGCGCAGGAAGGUACGUCGUAAAGUUUUGAAAUAA